AUUUUAGGUGAAUAAUUCUCCCAUAGUGCACUUCGGUCAGACGGCAGAGGGAAUGGCGCCUUAACUGGAGGAGGAGAAACACAAUUCACAACCAUAACAGUAUAUUUUUAGUCAGCUUGUGUGUAACGUUAUAUUGUCCUCACCGUGUAUAUUAAAUAUUCGAUUCACAUUAUUGGGAAGAUCACAGCACGUGUACGAUGGCUCCGUUCAGCUUGAUGUCAGUCGGUGCUAAUCUUUUGGUAAAGUCUUUGAGUCUGUUCUCAAGUGCAUCUGUUGUGAGGUGUUCAUGUGUAGCUCCAGUGAUAAAGAGUUUUAGCACCACAACAGGGGGUCCACCCAAAAGACCCCUGACAGCCUACAUGACAUAUGUGAAGGAGAUGCAGCCCACCUUCAGCAGACAAAACCCUGGACUGAAAAAUGUGGAUGUUAUCCGAAAGUUAGCAGAGAAGUGGAGAAUGCUGACUCCUGAACAGAAGCAGCCAUUUCAGGAUGCAUCUUUGGUAUCCAGGGAGCAGUAUAAGCUUGCUUUGGAGACAUACAAAGCCCAACUCACUCCUGCACAGACCGCUGCUAUUGCAGACGAAAAACGACAAAGAGUGGCCAAAAGAAAAGCAAUUAGGAGAAAGAAGGAGCUGAAUAGUCUUGGCAAGCCCAAACGCCCCAGGAGCGCCUUCAACAUCUUCAUGGCAGAGCACUUUGAGGAAGCAAAGGGAACUACUAUGCAGGCGAAGCUGAAGUCGCUGAGAGACGACUGGAUGCGAUUCAACAACACACAGAAACAAAUAUACACACAGCUGGCAGAGGAUGACAAAGUCCGUUACAAAAACGAAAUAAAAUCGUGGGAGGAGCACAUGAUUGAGAUCGGAAGGGAAGACCUUGUUCGGAGAAAGGAGAGGAGAGCCAUCAAAGCCAAAACCAUCAUAGACAGAAAGAAGAAAUCCAAAGUAACGGUGAUAAAAGCAAAAGCACCAAAAAAGAAGGCUACUGUUGCUGGAACAGCUGCGAAAAAGACUGUGAAGAGCACCAAGAAGUGAGAUUAUGUAUGACUCUGUUAGACAGUGUGUUGUACAAAGGCCAGUUCCGUCCUCAAUAAAAAGCCUGUGCUUUCCGUUA